CUUUUGUACCAGUAAUGAUGAUGUGCUACAAAUGGGUGGAUACAUUUUUAGAAAAAGGAACGAUAAAAAACUGACUCAUUUCUAGAAUAAUUACCCCAAAGAGUGCAAUGGACUCCAACUGUUCUGAUGUCAUCACUCUACUGUUAGAGAAAUAUUAUCUCUCGCCAAUGUAUGGUCUGGAAUUUGCCCUUGGCUUCAUCGGGAACCUAGUGGUGGUCCUGGGCUAUAUCUUUUGCCUCCCUGCUUGGAAGUCCACUAAUGUGUACCUGUUUAACCUGGCUAUGUCCGACCUCAUCUUCCUGUGCACUUUACCUGAGCUGUCCUACAACUAUGCUCACAACCUGAAGAAAUUCAAUACUGCACUAUGCAUGAUUAAUCGCUACAUCCUCCAUGUCAACUUGUACUCCAGCAUUCUUUUCAUGAUGUGGGUAAGUGUGGACCGGUUCUUGUUGCUGUGUCACCCACAGCGAGAACACGUCCUGUUGACUCUCAAGGCUUCACUGUGCAUCACAGUCCUGAAUUGGAUCUGGGUGAACAUUCAAAUCACUCCUCUCAUUGUCAUUAUUAUCCAGGACUUGCAGCAAAAUCGCCAGACAGUGUGUCGUGAUUUUGCAAGCCUGGGAGUUCCCAAAGUUACUCUGAUCUACAGCAUAGUUCUCACCAUAACUGGAUAUGUGAUGCCACUGGUGGCUUUGUUUUGGGCAUCACAAAAGAUGGUUUCGGUACUCGUGCAAAGAGAGGAAGUGCUUGGGACAUCUUUCCAAAGGCCAGUAAGAAUUGUGAGGUCUGCAGCAAUCAUGUUCCUGGUGCUCUACACACCUUUCCAUGUAAUGAGGAAUGUACGCAUUGCAUCACAGCUUCCUGAACUAAAUUUGUCACAAUGUAUCAUAGACCACAUCAAUGCAGUAUAUAUUGUCACACGGCCAAUUGCAUUUGCUCAUAGUGUCAUCAACCCCGUGUUUUACUUCCUCAUGACAGACAGCUUUAAAGAAGCUCUGCAAAACAAAUGGAGGCAGCUUAAAAGGAUGGUAAUGAGUGCACCAUAAGCUAGUCUGAACUAACAACCAAAGACAGCACUGACAAACCUAUGUAAAUUCAUUGGCUAUUAUUAACUGGAAAUUUGAGUUAAAGUUGUAAAGACUGGCCAGUGAUUGUAUAUAAACAUUGUUCCUUUGCCAAAUGCAUUCGAUCAAUAAUAACACAUUUGAUGUUGGAAGGUUGGUUCUUUACUUUAGUUCCUGUGCUGUGUAAGUCAAAUUGGGUACAUUUUAUUUAUGGCAAAACUCUUUUCUUAAUAUGAUAAUGGCAUUUCUUUUAUUUCAUAUGUAAUGAACAUACAUAUUGCUUGUGACAUUUGUAGAAGGUCUUUUGUCUUGUGAUGAUAUUCCUGAUUUUUUGUAUUCAUAAUAUUCUGUAACUUCACUACCUGGUUAUACAUUUUCCAAAUUGUAUCCAAAAAAUAUAGAAAGAUAAAAAGAGUUAUUUGUAGACAUGUCUCUAUUUUCUUGUUUCUGCAGUACAGCUAUAUUAUUUCCCUAUAAUGUCAGUUGUUACUACUGAAUAAUUAUGACUAAAAAUAGGAACUUCUUGUUACUCUUUUACUUCUUUUGUUCCAAUUAAUUUAGCAAAAAUAUUUUCACAGUAAAAUAAUAAGCACUAAUUACAAAGCGACACUGAAAGACAUUAAACAUUAAACAUGAUUGAAAUGAUCAAAUUAAAUUAUAAUCGAAUUCUGUGGGAUUGCAUGUGUAUUAA